AUGAAGGCCAUUGUCCCUACUUAUACUUCUCAUGGUCAAACUGAUACUAAUUUGGACGCAACCGUAAUUGACCGAGAAGAAUUAGAUAAAAAAUUUGGCAGUCUCCAAGGAACUGACAUUACUACUGAAGAAAAUCGACUCAAAAAUUUAAUUAGUCAAGCCAAAGUUAAACCGGAUAUUGAAUCAAUUGAAAGCGAAUUAAACAAAAAGCCAGUUAUUGCGGCUAGUGAAUUGAAAAAUUCGGAUUAUAAAGGUGAAAUUGUUGGUCUAGUCACUGAUGACGCACAAAGAAAUAGUAAAAAAAAUGAUGUAAUUACAGAAAUUACCCAAAUUAGAGAAAAUAAAUUAGGCAAAGUUCGGCAAUUAAUUACCAACGCUCAAACUGUUAAAGAUAAAGAAGAGGCAACUAAAGAAGAGUUAGAAAGUGCGAUUAAUGACUUAAAAACUCUCGCUAAUGCUUCAAGUGAUAGU